ACCGAGUUGCUCAAAUUGUUUGCGCGUGACACGAUCGACUGAAAGCUGAGCUUUUGAGAGAUUUGCGUUUUGUUUUAAGGGCGUUAGAGUUCCGCCGGGAAAAUGACCGACCUCUCCGAAUAUAGUGGCAACCUCGACGACCUGCGAUAUGAGGAGCGAGCUUUUUCUGUCAACGACCUCACUCCACCCCCGUCUGAAGCAGACUUAGCUCGAGAGCGGAAUGCUGAGCGUAGUGGUCCUCCCAUCACCCUGCAGCCGAGGCGGCUUUCAGAUGAAAAUAGCGAAGAGGGACACUCGGGGUCAACUGGCGUGGCCACAAUUGAAGGCAACCCGUGGUCAAUGGCCAACAUAAGUCGCUAUGUCCCUAUGCAAGGGCUAGAUUUUUUACUUCCAGUUGAUUACGUCUUCAUUCAGCAAACAAUAGAACUGGUCGAUUUGCUGUCAUCAGUGGAGUCUGAAAAUCGUUAUUUGGUGAAAUCGCGAUCCGGAGAAACUAUUUUUGUGGCAGCAGAACAGUCUUCGCAAUCACAACGACAGUGCUGCGGUAGUUCGAGGGCCUUUUCAAUGCGGCUUUUUGACAUGAAUCGCCAAGAGUCCCUGUCAUUUCAGAGAUCCUUAGGGGCUUCAAUGUGCUGCUGUCCCUGCUGCCUGCAGCAACUAGACGUCUAUGCUCCCGGCGGAAGAAUUAUUGGUCGCGUCCAGCAGGAAUGGACACUAAUGAUUCCGGAAUUCUUCAUUCAAGACUCGAGCGGCAAAGUUGUUUAUAGACUGCAAGGGCCAAAUGUUUGCGGCUGCUUUAUGUUUUCAGAUGCUGAUUUUAAGAUUAUGACAAAAGACGGAUACACGCAAGUGGGGACAAUUUCGCACGGCUGGGAUGACUUCCUGCACGCCUUUACCCUGAGCAUCACUUUCCCAGCUCAAGCAACGGUGGAGCUAAAGGCGGUUCUCAUAGGAGCAGCUUUCUUACUUGAAUAUCUAUAUUUCCUGAGGUCCAAAACAAAGAGCUGGAUGAGAUUCUGCAGGCUUCGAUGCUGAUUUGUAUGCAAUUUGUCUGUUGUAAAUUCUAAAAGCCAUUUUUCCUAUAAAAUUCAAAAUACUUAUAAUUAUAGAAGCUUUAACACAAUAAAAAAUAUUUUUAAACAAAUACACAAAAUAAUCAAAUGC